AUGGAUACUAGGUUGUUCGAGUCUGCUAGAACCGAUAACGUUGAUGAUUUAAACAAGUUACUGGGAGAAAACCCUAUGAUCCUGCACACCAUCUCACUUUAUGCAGGUGAAAAUCCCUUACAUAUUGCUUCAGCUGUAAGGCAUGCCAGUUAUGUUCGAGAGGUUUCGAGUUUAAGGCCCGAGUAUGCCGAAGAAUUAAACAUAAAUGGUUUUAGCCCUCUGCACAUGGUGGCUACCGACAGGCAUAUCGAGGUUGUAAGAGAGCUUUUGAAUGUUGACUGGAAAUUAUGCUGCGUAGAAGGAAGAGAUCACCAUACCACUCUUCAUUUUGUAGCAAUGAAAAUGAGGGUUGAUGUGAUCGGCGAAAUGCUUUCGUGUUGUGUCGAGUGUAUCGAAGGGGUAACAGUUAGGAAGGAAAUCGAGCUAUUACUAGGCUGUGGAACAACUAGUUCAGACUUGUUGGAAAUAAAUGCACCAAAUCAAUGUGAUCUUACUGCCAUGGACGUCCUACAGAUGUUUCCUAGUGAAGCCGGUGAUCAAGAAAUCACAGAGGCGCUUCAACGUGCCGAAGCUUUGAGAGCUAGAGAUCUUUCGAUCUCUCCAUUUCCUUCAUAUGCAUCUAGUGAUGGAGUUAUAAACCAACUCGGAACUUGCCGGAGAUGUCGUCGGCUAACCGAUAACGUGGUGGAGUACUUCAAGUUUAAGAAAGGCCGAGACUCUCCCAACGAAGCACGCAGUGCCUUGUUAGUGAUUGUUGUUUUGGUGGCCACUGCCACUUUCCAAGUCGGACUCAACCCUCUCGGCGGUACUUGGCAAGAUGAUAAUAUCUAUUUGUUGGGAAAUUAA